GCAGAGGCCCUUAGAUCCUGCACAGCCUGGGAGCUCACCCAGGUCACUGAGCAGGCGCUGUCACCCCAAGGUUCUCAUCUCCAUACGGUCCCCAGUGGUGGUAGCUUCCAUAGGCCCUUCAGAAUGCUCAGGCACCUGUGUUCUCGGGAGGAGCAGAAGCUGGCAUUCGACUGCUUGGACUUGGAGCUCCGGGGAGAUGAGACAGAGUGCUGCUGUGAUCCCUCGGCCCUGGAGAGAGAGCUGCUCAGCAGGAUCAGGGCCAUGUCUGCUACACAGAAGGGCCAGGCAUUGGACAUCAUUUGUCGCUACCUGGAAGGGCACACCAGGCCCCUGGAGGAGCAGCAUGGGAUGGACACAGACAUCCAUGUGCAGAAGCUCCUGGAGUCCCUGCACCUGGAGCCCAAGCAGAACAUGAAUAAGGCCCUCCUUUUCCACCUCUUUGGACUGCUCCUUUGUGAGUGCACAGAUGCGGAGCUGGUGAAGAGUCACCUCACCUCCCUUCUGGAGCUGUCUCACCAGGACUUCGACCAGCGGGAGGACAUUGCACUGGCUGUGGGCUUGGCAUCUACUACACACCUGGAGGAGGUGUGGGCCCUGCUGGAACACCUGGGCAACACCUGGUUCUCAAGAUGGAGGAACCUGUCCUCUGAAGGACAGCCCCCAGAUGCCAACCUGCCCUGGAAAUGGAUCAGCAGCACCUUCUUGUUGUGCUACGGACAGAUGGCUGCACAUGCCAAGGAGCGGAUCCUGCCCUGGGUAGACAGCCUCAUCCCCCGGAUGGUGCACUACUUUUCCUGCAACCGUGCUGAUGACAUCCUCAAAGCCAGCUUCCUUUCCACUGUAGUCCUGCUCACCAGAGUGCUCAGGCAGGAAUAUGGCAUCCGCAGGUACAAGUUCACCCAGACAGCAGACCUCAUCCAGUGUCUCCUGUGGGUCCUCCAGGAAGAGCCCAACUUCCUGGCCACUGUCUCUCGGCAGAAGAUCAUCUUGGUCAUUGCAGUACUGAGCAACCUGCGGCCCAGCCUACCGCCCUGGGUCAGGUCCAGGGUUCUGAAAGUCUGCCUGCGAAGUGUGUAUGCACUGCCUCCUACAGAGAAGCUGCCAGGCUGCCUGCCUUCCCUGGAUGCAUCCCCUGACAUCGAUGUCAUGGGGCUGUACAAGAAGACGGUGUAUGCCCUCAACCUGCUCCUCCAGAGCUUCUUCUCUGAGAACCCUAGCAUGGACGAGGUCUGCUUCCUUCUGCAGCACAUGGAGCCCUGGCUGCAGUCCGACAACAGCCAUGAGCGGCAGCGCGCGGUGCAAUCCAUUCUCCUGCUUCUGCAGUACGCAGUAGACACCCCAAAGUCCACAGAAGAGGCCGUGCCUUCUGCGCUGGGCCAGCAGCUAGGCCUGCUGACACUGCUGUGGUGGGACACGGAUAUGGAGACCCAGAGCCCUGCCCACCGGUGUGUCUAUCUACUCCUGAAGCUUUCCGGGCAGCAGAAGGGCAGAACGGUGGGCCUGCACCAAAGCAAGAUGAAGUGCUUCAAGGUCAAGACCUCUAGAAAAGGGGAAGAGGAGCUCCAACAUUUGGCGAAGGCCUUCGACAAGGUCCUGAGCGUGGCCCAGCGCACACAGCUGGUGCUUGUGCUGCUGCGCGGGCUCAGCAGCCGCAGCUUGCUGCAAUGUCUUCUGGCCUCCAAGCUACUCCUGAUGAUCUUCGAGGGCCGCAGCAUCAAGCCAGAGCAGGUGGCUGAAGUCCUGCACAGCCUGUUCCAGGAGCUUCCCAGUUUCCAUUUCAAGAAGACCCAGCAGACCAUGAUGAAAGCUGUGCUAGCUCUGGGGACCCAGUACACAUCAGAGGUGGCUGAAGUGCUCCUGUCCCUGGACCACCCCUCGGAGAAGCAGGUCCUAACUCUCUGGACUGCCCUGGCUGCCAACUGCAAGCUGGCUCGAAAGGUCAUGACCCUGCUCUGCACGAAGCUCCAGCUGUGCCCCUCCUUGGAGGUCCUCGAGUCCGCCCACCAGGUGCAGCUCAUCUCCCUUCUGGCUUUGGGCACCGUUUAUGAGCUCCUCUACAUCCAGGAGUACAGGCCCACAGUCCGCCAGGCCUUUGCGGGGAUCCUCCUGGGCCUGCUCACGCAGCUAUACUACCUACUGGAGCUGGGUAUGGUCGAGGGCUUCUUGGACUACCAGGAGGACAGACUGGACUCCAAGCCCCUUGGGCCCUGUAGGACCUGCCUGGAAGCCCUGAAGGGCCUCUUCUGGACCACUCAGUACUGGGAAGUGUUCGCGCACAUCAAGCUGCUCAGGGGCUGGGAGCUCUUUGGGCACUUAGAGACCUACACAGAGGGAGUGACUGUCCUGGCCAGGGCCAUGGCUCUUUAUGACUGUGAGGUCAAGGCUGUCUUGGGCCAGGCCAUCAUCUCCACGAAGAGCACCAAGGAGCAAGACAACAUCGUGGCCAUCCUCAUCAUUGCAGAGUUUCUCAACAGUCCAGAGGUUCCUAAGUACGUGUCCCAGAGGGCCAUGGACAACCUUCUGAGACAGGGCCUGAAGAACCCUAACUGGCUGGUGCGGGCCAUGAGCCUGAAGGGGCUCAGCGCCAUCUUGAUGAACCCCAAGAAGGUGGCCCUGCUCCACAGCUUGCUCAGGGAUCUGCUGUACAGCCUCGGGCAGCCGGAGUCCCAGGAUCCCUUGGGUCUCAUAGUAAUCCUGGGUGACAUCCUGCACCGCCUGGGCCUCCAGGGCAUCGGCACCUUCAGCAUCCAGAUUGCCCAGCACCUGCUGCAGUUUUUCGAUCACAAAAGGGCGAAGGUGCGUGGAAGUGCCAUCCUCCUGUUUGGGGAUGUUAUCCACAGCAGUGGAAGAAAGCUCCAGCAGCCUCUCAAGAACCUGACCUUCCAGGCCCUGGUGCCUCUGCUCCUCCACCUCGCUGACCCCUCCUGGGAAGUUGUCACGAGGACCAAGUUUACCUUCUUUCGCUGUGCCAUCUUGCUCAAGUGGGAGUUCCGGAAAGAGCUAUUCAGCAAAUUGGCAUGGGGCCAGGGACUGGGGGCUGAGUACGACAUUUUCAUCUUCAUGGUGGAGAGCAACUUUGGUAGGCACCACCAGCUUUUCAUGCAGGCCCUGACCUACCUGUGCAGCCCUUACAGGAACCUCAAGCUGGCGGCUAUGAAGUUCAUUGGGGGCAUGCUGCAGGACUACUUCCUGGACCUCUGCUUCUACCUGAAGAAGACUGACACAGUAAUCCUCAAGAAGUAUUUUGAUGCCCUCCAGAAGGACCCAGAUGACAUGUGUCGCAGGUUCUACCUGAGCUUUUUAGAAGACGUCAUGGAUCUGUCCCACUAUGUGGCCUAGAGCAGGGCUCAGCAGCCACUCAGCCUGUCC